CCGGACCGGUUCAGGAAUAAUCAGCUUGAACCUUGGCCGUGAACUCAUCGACUGCGGCUGAGGCCCACAUGGUGAGCAGUUGUGUCUUGAGCCGAGGCUUCUACGGGAGGGAAUCAAGUCGACUGUCUGCGAGUCAUCCUCAGCAUCCGUCAUGCACAGCAUCAGAAUAAGUACCCUCCGUGGAUCUCGUUUCUUCCCACUGCCAUGCACCUCCCCUCCGAAUCCUCAGAAGAUCGUAACGCGGUCCUGCACAUCGGUACGGACAACCGGUGUACUUCCGGGCCCUUUUGACAGAAUUUCAGUACGGGACCUGAGGGGAGAUGCCAUUGGCGCUCUAGAUCACCCACUCGCCUCCAGCUCGGACUAUCCCGACGUAGUGCUUGAAGUAGCAGCAAAUCUCUCGCAUGGGCGGCCCAGCUCGGAUUACUUGAUUCUGUGGGAACUAAUCCUGCAGCAUUGGUUUCCGCAGGACCAAGGCUAUCAGAUCCAGCAUGAAUGGAAACUGCCACACUCGUCGUCGUGUUCGACUCUUGCCGUGUUCGAUCAGCAUAGCAACACACCCGUCCUUCUCCUACAGCUCUGCGCGCUCGAAGACUUCGACGAUAUCCAGACACGUGCAACUGCGGAGGCGUUCUCCGAAGAGGACUUCCACCACGUUGCGCAGUACUGUAGCUCCGGUCCGCUCUGUGCUCUGACUGCCAUGGGGCAGAGGUGGAUGGCGUUCCAGCGCUUCGACGCCUUGACUGGCCGUGAGGCACCACAACUUAGCGGAGAGAGGCGCGUUCAAUGGAUGGAUGAUGCCAUUUCAGAGUUGUCAUACGAUCUUCUCCGGAGUCUGCUUGUGGAUCUCAAAGAAGGUGUUCGAGUGCUCCGCCUAAAUCACUAGCUUGUAUCAGCUCUUGUAUCGCAUGUACUUAUGUCGUUGCUGAGCAUAUGAGAUUCGUGACAGAGUCGC